AAUCGUUCGCGAACUGCACGUCACUGUUGGCGAGGUAAGAUGGCGGCGCCAGAGGAGCAGGAAUUAUCUCAGGCGCAGACCGAAAAACUCCUUCAAUUUCAGGACUUGACAGGCUUGGAGUCUAUGGACCAAUGUCGUCGCACAUUAGAACAACACAAUUGGAACAUCGAGGCUGCGGUGCAGGACAGACUGAACGAGCAGGAAGGAGUUCCCAGUGUGUUCAACCCUCCGCCCUCCAGACCCUUACAGGUCAACACAGCAGACCACAGAGUGUAUAGCUAUAUCGUCUCCAGGCCACAACCCAGAGGAUUAAUAGGAUGGAGUUACUACAUGAUAAUGCUACCUUUCAGAUUGACAUAUUACACACUUCUGGACAUAUUCAGGUUUGCCCUGCGGUGGGUCAGGCCAGACCCUCGUGGACGCGUCACAGACCCUGUGGGUGACGUUGUCUCUUUCAUCCAUAGUUUUGAAGAGAAGUACGGUCGAUCGCAUCCAGUGUUUUACCAGGGAACAUAUAGCCAGGCAUUGAAUGAUGCCAAACGUGAGCUUCGCUACUUGUUAGUUUACCUCCAUGGAGAGGACCACCAGGAUACAGACCAGUUCUGCCGCUCCACGUUAUGUACAGAAGAGGUCCAGACCUUCCUCAACACCAGAACGCUGUUCUGGGCCUGCUCCACCAGCAAGCCUGAGGGAUACAGAGUGUCCCAGGCGCUGCGUGAGAACACCUACCCGUUCCUGGCCAUGAUCAUGCUGAAGGACCGUAAGAUGACGGUGGUGGGACGUCUGGAGGGGCUCAUCCAAUCAGAGGACCUCCUCAACCAGCUCACCUUCAUCAUGGAGGCCAAUCAAACCUACCUGAUGUCUGAACGCAUGGAGCGGGAGGAGAGGAACCAGACGCAGGUGUUACGGGCGCAGCAGGACGAGGCCUACCUGGAGUCGCUGAGAGCCGACCAGGAGAAGGACCGGAGGAAGAGGGAGGAGCAGGAGAAGGUCCAGGCGGAGGAGGAGAUGGUCCGGCAGACCGUUCUGGCCGAGGAGAGGAGGAGGAGGACGCUGGAGGAAGAGAAGGAGCGCAAGUCAGAAUGUCUUCCCCCCGAGCCCACAGCAGACGACCCUGACAGCGUCAAGAUAGUUUUCAAACUGCCUAACGACACCAGAGUAGAGAGGCGCUUCCUCUUCCAGCAGUCUCUGACGGUAAUAUACGACUUCCUGUUCUCAUUGAAGGAGACCCCGGAGAAAUUCCAGAUAGUAACAAACUUCCCUCGCCGGGUUCUGCCCUGCCUUCCCACGGAGGAGCAGCCCAAUCCUCCCAGCCUGAAAGAGGCCGGCCUCAGCCGUUCCGAGGUCCUCUUUGUUCAGGACCUCACGGAAGAUUGACACCUAGCUAACCUUCUCCUCCACCUCCAACAUGGAACCUUCUCCUCCACCUCCAACAUGGAACCUUCUCCUCCGCCUCCAACAUGGAACCUUCUCCUCCGCCUCCAACAUGGAACCUUCUCCAACAUGGAACCUUCACCUCCAACAUGGAACCUUCUCCUCCGCCUCCAACAUGGAACCUUCUCCUCCACCUCCAACAUGGAACCUUCUCCUCCAACAUGGAACCUUCUCCUCCACCUCCAACAUGGAACCUUCUCCUCCGCCUCCAACAUGGAACCUUCUCCUCCGCCUCCAACAUGGAACCUUCUCCUCCGCCUCCAACAUGGAACCUUCUCCUCCGCCUCCAACAUGGAACCUUCUCCUCCGCCUCCAACAUGGAACCUUCUCCUCCGCCUCCAACAUGGAACCUUCUCCUCCGCCUCCAACAUGGAACCUUCUCCUCCGCCUCCAACAUGGAACCUUCUCCUCCGCCUCCAACAUGGAACCUUCUCCUCCGCCUCCAACAUGGAACCUUCUCCUCCGCCUCCAACAUGGAACCUUCUCUUCCACCUCCAACAUGGAACCUUCUCCUCCGCCUCCAACAUGGAACCUUCUCCUCCACCUCCAACAUGGAACCUUCUCCUCCGCCUCCAACAUGGAACCUUCUCCUCCGCCUCCAACAUGGAACCUUCUCCUCCAACUGUUCUGUUGUUUCUUCACCCAUUCUGUUUGUCUAAAUGGCCGAUAAGGGAUCACUGUCUGAAAUAACGAAACAAACUCUCUAACCCAAAAUAAUUUAGCCCCGCUCCAUCCCCGGCCGCCCGGCCCGCCCUGAUGACUCCUCUCGCCAGUUCAAUUUGGUUCUGUUUAAAAGGAGAGCAAUGUGAACUGCCCUCCCUGUACAUACGUUAGAUAUAUUUAAAUAACAAGGCUGGAAAAAGCACUACUUUUUUUUUUUUUUUUUUAUUCAAUCAAAGUUGACUCUAUAAUGUAAUUGUCAUGAGAUGACCAAACAGGCGAGGGUUGAGUUCCGUACCGCCGGAGUAGGGCAGCCUGCCUGCAGUUUAAGACUACAACACAGUUCAAGAAGAAGAAGAGGCCACAGCUUUGAUGUGGCUUUACCUAUCUAUAGUAUAACAGUCUGCCUGUGGUGAUUCAUAGAUGCCUAUUUCUCCUGUAACAUCGGAAUGGGUUGGUCAUGUAAAGAUGUCAUUUUCCAACAACUAUAAAUUAAACAUUUUAAAAUGUC